AAAUGAAUUCGCGUGCGAUCAUGGGAAUUUUUGGCUCCUAACCUUGCGAGUAGAGCUGGGUGAGUUCCAUUUGUGGUGGGGGAGUGGAAACAGGUUUCUGGCCUUGCAGAAGCCACAUCCCGUCCCCACACAACCUAGGCCAGGCCAGGUGUUUGUAGGUGAGGCUCCGGGGCUCCAGUUAACCUGAGCUACCUGGGCUGGGCUUUGUGCGGGGAGGCAGCAAGCGGGGUGAGCGGGCGACGACGCCGGCCUCUACGCAGUGCGGUGGUGAAGACGUCUCUUCCAGGGAGUCACAGGAAGCAAAUCCAUCCUUUUAAAGGGCUCGCGUCCCGCGGCCCUGAACCGGCGCGCUGGAGCAGUAAUGCGACGUUCUCCGAGGUUCAAGGCUCACGGCCCAGCCCUGUGAUCCAGUUUCCUCAGUCUUCGCGGUGUGCACCACUCUGGACGACUUGCGGCUUACGUCCAGGACAAAGGGGGCUUGUCCUUUCUUCAACGUCCUACUGCGCAAAAACGAAGCCCUUCUCAGGCUGCCUGCCUUCCGGGAAAAGCUGCGCCCCCUCAGGAACCUGUGCCCCGCGCGCCUGCCGCCGCCCAUUGCCGGCGCGCACCUGGCAGUCCUCGGCUCGAGCCCCGCCCUGCCGCCAGCCAGGACGUUUAUCUCGACAAUGCUAGUUGCAGUCUGUGUGACCUUGACCAAGUUAUUUUAAUGUCUGUGCUGCAGUUUUUCAGUUUCCAAGAUGGAAUAGUUAUAGUGCAUAUCUUCCUCAUGGUUGUGAGGAGUGCAUGACACAUAGCGAGUGCUCAGUGAACGGUCAUUUUUCUGAGUGCUUGUGAUUUCACGUAUUUUUGCUGAACUCGUAAAAGAGACACUUGGAUGGUGGAUUAACCAGAACACUAACAUUCUGUGAAAAGUUUCAAAUUGGAGAAUAUUGAAUUUUCACCCUAGUCCAGCAGCUCCGCUGCUCACUUAAAUACAGAUGAAUGAAGACCCCAUUCGGAAAGACACCUGGCCAGCGGUCCAGAGCUGAUGCAGGCCAUGCUGGAGUAUCUGCCAACAUGAUGAAGAAGAGGACAUCCCACAAAAAACAUCGGAGCAGUGUGGGUCCGAGCAAACCUGUUUCCCAGCCCCGGCGGAACAUCGUAGGCUGCAGGAUUCAGCAUGGGUGGAAAGAGGGGAAUGGCCCUGUUACCCAGUGGAAAGGAACCGUUCUGGACCAGGUGCCUGUAAAUCCUUCUUUGUAUCUUAUAAAAUACGAUGGAUUUGACUGUGUUUAUGGACUAGAACUUAAUAAAGAUGAAAGAGUUUCUGCGCUUGAAGUCCUCCCUGAUAGAGUUGCAACAUCUCGAAUCAGCGAUGCACACUUGGCAGACACAAUGAUUGGCAAAGCAGUGGAACAUAUGUUUGAGACAGAGGAUGGUUCUAAAGAUGAGUGGAGGGGAAUGGUCUUAGCACGUGCACCUGUCAUGAACACAUGGUUUUACAUUACCUAUGAGAAAGACCCUGUCUUGUACAUGUACCAACUCUUAGAUGAUUACAAAGAAGGCGACCUUCGCAUUAUGCCUGAUUCCAAUGAUUCACCUCCAGCAGAAAGGGAACCAGGAGAAGUUGUGGACAGCCUGGUAGGCAAACAAGUGGAAUAUGCCAAAGAAGAUGGCUCGAAAAGGACUGGCAUGGUCAUUCAUCAAGUAGAAGCCAAGCCCUCCGUCUAUUUCAUCAAGUUUGAUGAUGAUUUCCAUAUUUAUGUCUACGAUUUGGUGAAAACAUCCUAGAUGUCAUCACAAACUCUGCCAAAUUUGUGGAACUAUGAAAUGUAUUAUUUGUAGACAUAAAGACUUGAUUGCUUUCCAGUUUAAUGAAAGCUUAAAUGUCCCUGCGAACCCACAAUCUCUGCCAGCAGAACUGGUUUUGUUCUGAAUAGUACAGAUUGAUGUGAACACAAAGCAUUUUGUGUAAGGAGAACCCCUUUCUUUUAAAAGAAGUCUGUCUAUUUCGAGGGGAGUUACAGGCAAGUUUGGUAAAAGUUAAGCUAGUAUCAUAGUCAUUUAAAAUUGUAAUAGAUCUUAACCAUUUUCCCCCUCACCCUAACUCUCUUAUUCUGCCGCCACAAUGCAAGCAUAGUUUGAUGUUUUCGUUAUUGCCUUUUUUGAGAUAUAUGUAUCUGUAUCUACCUAUAUCUAUAUGUGUGUAUACAUAUAUAAUAUAUAUACACAGAUACAAAUGUACACACACACACCACACACCACACACCACACACACCCCACUGGCAGUCUUUGUGGAUUAGGAUGGGGGUGACAUAAUUUUCUUGAGUUUAACAGGAGUGCUUUACCCAAGUCAGUCAUGGUUAUGAUAUCACUGCUCUUUAUUUAAAAGUAAACUUUGGGCACAGGAACCAUAUGGGAACAUUCAGCUUGUUUAAAAAAAAAAAACCAGAAGUUCAGAGUACCUUUUCAAUCUGGAGCCCUUAAACCAUAAGUCCAAAUAUGAAUUAUUUGUGAACAGUUAAUGACCCAUAUUAGAAUUUUACAGUCUGGUGAAAAAUCUGGGUAAAAGGCUACCUUUAAUUCUAAGCUUUGUUUUUUGUUUUUUGUUUUUUUUUUUUGGUUACAUUUUAAUCAUAAAUUCUUUUUUGCAAAGCCCAGGUUCUUGUUCCACACAGUGUAAUGUAGGUGUAUUUUGGACAGCACAUAUGGUCCAUUGUGUGCAAGUCAGUAAUCUGGAUUUCAGUACAUGGAUUUAAAAGGCAACAAUCCAUCACUGGUUUGUGUGUUUUUGGUAAGUUUCUGGAAGAAUACAAUGCUUUUAUAUUGGAAGUAUAAGUUUUGAGUGGCAUUGUUGCCUUCUAACAAGCUCUCUGGGACUUUUAAAGUUUUAUUACUAUUACUGCUAAUGUAUGAUUAUGGUCAGAGACUUUCAACCCAUCCCUUCCUGCCUACCCCUGGCUUUUCCUCACAAAGAAUGUCUAGACAAAUAGCAGCUUAGUCUCCUGACAUCUCUUGUGGGGUGCAUGUUCCUGCUCCAGGUAUGCUGUUCAUGUGGAUUCAUUCCAUUCAGUGGCCCCUUGGGGUUUGCAUGCCAGUGAAGCGUUACCAUAGAAGAGCCAGCCGUUUGUGUUCGCUUGGUGGGUGUAAGUAAUAGCAGCCCUUAGCCACGGAGUCUUUAUGUGGUUUAUUCCUGCAAGGUUGUUUUAAACUGAAAUAGAACUGCUAGUGUGAUUGGUUGAUCAGCAAAACAGCUGCUCUCAUUUUGUUUUGGAGGAACCCUGGUGGUUUGACAGCCAGGAGAAAGGCCAUAUGUGAAACCAGUCUCUUGUGGAGAUUGGAAAUCCUCCCUGAUAUUUGGGCAGAGCCUAAACGUGCAUGCUUGUCACUCAAACACCAGAAGUUUGAAUCAGAGGUCUGAGUGACCUCUUUUGUGGCUGUUCUUGAUGGUUUCCAGGCCUCGUUAUGCAUGGUUUGCUUGAUGCCCAUUUUUUGUGCCUUGUGCUGUUGGAUGGUAACGACCACUCACCAUGUAAACACAGUACCUCAGUUUUCUGUCCACAGCUGCAGUCGCUCUGUCCCUCGUGCUUCACUGUGGGCAGCCAGGGACAAGCUUCUGAAAGCAGUGUGAUACCCAAGUCAUAGGUGCUUCUCGUGUGUGAACAGGUGUCAUUCUGCAGAUCUGUUAUGUGUUUUCCUGUUGACUCUUAAGAGUCCCUGCAUGUAAAUCUCAAAGCUGAGCCUGGCUCCCAGAGUCCAGACUGACAUUACAGCGCAAGAGUUUGCAAGUGUGUCCAGCAUGCACCAACUGUGCAGAACUUGGCUCGGUAACUUUGGGUGGAAAAAUAAAGUACAUUUUGAAGUAUCUUGAGGGUUGGGUCAAUUGAGACAUUUCUAGCAUUACUUAAUGACUUGCAUUGUGGUUUUUCUGCAAGCAACUUUAAUGACUUUUUUUAUACCACAUGGUCUCCCAGUUUCUAGAUGAAUGCAACAUGAUGAUGGUGAUGAUGACGAUGAGUUUAAUCAUUGUUCAUUUAUUGCCUUUAGGGCUGAGGGAAAGGGAAGGUUUGUGUUUUUUUUCUCCCCAUUUUCCCCCAUUCUGUCUUUCUUUUGGUGACUUACACCACAUGUAAUGACGCUAUGACUAAUUCUGCUCCCAAGCCCUUGUAUCUUGGGCUUCAUUUUAGGCUCAUGUGUCAGAUCUGCAUGCAUUGCUUGCAUUUUUCUGGUAUCUGAAUGUUGGUUCCUUGUUCCAGGAAUUCAACAUUAAUUUCCAAAAGUAUCAUGGGACUUGUGACAACACAAGACAUGAAUCUAUGUAUAAAAUUUAUCGGCCUUUCUCAUUUACCUGCUCUAGUAUUAUUGUAUUGUGUGUGCGUGCGUGUGUGAUGUCAGGCUGCCACGUAAAACUUCAGAGAAAAAUCUUAAAAGCAGACCAUCCUUUUUUGCAUGCUCUAUUCUAAGUAGAAUGUUCAAUGUAACUGACUAAAAUUGCAUGUUAAAGAUAUUUAGGUUUUUUUGUUUUCUUUAUUUUUAUUUGUUUUCAGUUUCCUGUAUAUUUGCUUACUGUGCCGUUUUAGUGGUUUUAGGAUAAAAAUGCACUGGUGAAGCAAAUGUAGUGCCAACAGAAGGUGAUUUUCCAGUUGUAAAUGUCAUGCAGCAUUUGAAGGGACUGUGUUUUCUUAAAAAAAAAAUCACAGUUACUUCUAAACCAGAUUUCAUUUCUUUUAUUGUUUUAUGUGCCAAACCACGAAGUGCAUUGGGCUUCAAUCUCUGAACACUGUAGACCCAUUAGAAGACUGUUCCGAUUGUCACAAAUUGUAGUGCCUGAAAACACUCUUAAGCUGAUUGUCUUAACAAAAUGAAAGUUCUCCAAAGACAAAAUAGGAACAAUUAUUAUAACAAAAUAAUUAUGGUUGAAAUGUCUGUGGUUCCUUGGAAAUGCUGCGCUCUUUGUGUUUUUCCAUCAUUAGUGCAGUUGGAAUGAAUGUGUAUAGGUCAGAGGUCUUCGUGUUCACAUUUUAAAAUUAGGUAAAUGACCUCAUCUUUCAAGCUUGAAUUCAUUUUUAAUUUUAAUUUUAUUUUAUACAAUGUGUAGACAGUUCCCUGUUCUCUGCAUUUAGAAGUAUACACAAUAUAAAUCUGUUAAUUCUGUAAGUAAUUUUUAUAAUUAUGAUGUAACUCUAUCUUAUCCUUAAAACAUUUAAAAUAAACCCUUUAUGUGCAA